AUGGAUGAUAUCAAGACGACGGAGGGCGGAAUGAGCCUAACGAGCAGCAUCAGCUCGGGGAUGAGAUCAUGUACUACAAGGAGUCGACGCGAGGACACGCCGAUGAGCAAGAUCAAUGGCCUGAUGCUCCCCGCACUCCGCUUGCCUGCCACCGCGCGCAUUGGCGACCCAACAACCACCCGUCGACGUGCGGUCGCAUUCAACGCGGAGGAGCUCACCUUCGAAUUGAGCGCGUUUUCGCCCCUCCGUGGCGUCCAAAUCGCCGAGAGCUCCCGCGCGAGCGCGGCCGAGAGUCCCGUCACCCAUCCGACACAAAGCACGGGAAGGGGGGAGGAGGAGGAAAGGGGAGAGGGAGAGGGGAGGAGGAGGAAAGGGAAGGGGGAGAGGGAGAGGAGAGGAGGGGGGAGAGUCAGUAGUGUGAGAGCUAGAGUAGAGUAG